UGCUCGCACCUUAUCAGCAAAGAGCAGCCUUGUAACCGUGUUGCACUAUCCAUGGUAUCUGAAACCAAAACAGGCCAACCCCCCUCUUGGGAGAGAAGUAGCGCAGAUGCUCGCUCGUCGUGUGGUCUAGCUUCUUCUCAUGUUGUGCACAACAAGACAGCGGCGGUCUUUUUGUCCACUAACAAGACAGGAGGAUGACAUGUGAUCACCUGAGACGAUUGUUGGCACUUUCCAGCAUUGCGUGCAGCAUGAGGGUGGCUUCCGGCAUCCCAGGCACACAAGGGUUCCAGAAGAAAGUCUCAUUCUUGCUGCAAGAGGAGCCAGAAACCCCCAAAUGCUUUGCAGAAACCAGAACAGACUUUGACUGCUUCUGGGAGGAAGAUGAAGAGCGAGCUGGUUCUGUGGAUCAGUAUUCCUUUACGUACACUUACGAAACUAUUGGGGUCUCCAACAGAACGGAAAACGGCAGCAAAUGUCCGCUGUCAGCCCAUCUCACACCGACGGGAAAGAUGCUGUACAUGUGCCACCUGAAUCGAACUUUAAUGUUUGUUCCAAUGCUCAUUGAAAUUCAGCGAGACGGAAGUCUCAUCCACAAUCGCAGCCUCAACAUUGAACUAUUUUUUCUGCUGGACCCUCCCACGAACGUGACCGUGAGUACCACAGGUCAAGAGGGUCAGCUGAAUGUCAGCUGGAUACAGCCUCCUCUAAGAUACAUCGAUGAUACCUUGAUGUAUGAGGUCUCCUAUGCAAUGGCCGACAGUCAUGUGAUGCAGGUAGAGGUAGUACGAGCCAGCUCCAGGAUGAUCUUGAGGAGCCUACAGCCAAGCACUAUGUACAAGGUGCGGGUUCGGGCAAAACUGGAUGGACUGAGCUAUGGUGGCUACUGGAGUUUGUGGAGUGAUCCAGUGUUCAUGGAGACACCACCUGCAGAAUUCAACCUACUCAUUGUCUUCCUAAUCCUCACCAUGUCUUUUAUUCUAAUGGUGCUGUCUUUCACUGUGCUCGUGUCCAAUCGCAGGUUUCUGAGAAAGAAAAUUUGGCCAACUAUUCCAACUCCUGAUGGCAAAUUUCAAGGGCUUUUUACUGAUUACGGUGGAGACUUUCACGAGUGGUUGAAGGAUACGAAUGGAUCCUCGUGGUCGACCCCAGCCUUGUUUUACACCGAGGAAUACCCCAAUUUCCUGGAGGUUCUCUCAGAGCGAAGCCUGAGCCCCCCAUUACCACCUCCACCUCUACCACCAAAAAUGUCCAAUGCUCCCACACUGCAAAGCACAGAAGAGGAUAUACAAAGAGGUCUGGAUUUUGCUCUGAGAAAAAUGCCACAUAAUCACUGGCUUGAAAACUUAAGGGUCCAGAACCAGCGGGCUUUUCCUUGCUCCCAGUCGUCUCUGCUGGAGUCUCAGGAUACUUACGUCUCCCUCACUGGGAACAACUACAGCCCAGAUGAUAACACUCAUGGGGAGUCUUUGCCACUAGAGGCGCUGUUGGCCUUUAAAAAGACAAUGUCUGAAGUUCACUGAUCUGGUUCUGUGCCCAAAGGAUAUUGGGAUGCUCUCAGGAGAUGCGCUCCAUAUUUUUUAUGGAAUAGAAAUCUCACGAGUAGAGCAAAUUAUUUAUGCCUGCUCAAGGAUGAACCUUUCUGCCAACGCAGUCACUUGUCCAGGGAUGACUUCUGAGUAGACUGCUUGGUGUUAUUAUUUUUCAUUUCUUCAAAAACACACUGUAAUUGUAAAUAUAUUUACAUCUAAAUGCAAACGUUUUGUUGGCAUUCCACACAGAAUCCUGUUGUGCAGGAACUGUUGUGGAUAUGAAAACGUUGGUUGUUUACUCACUGCUGCCAUCUAAAGAGCAGAACACAUAAUGCUGACAUUUCUACUAAAAUCACACUAAUGACUUGUGUUUGUACACUAACAGUGUUAAAUAAUAAUAGUGGACACCACAUCUCAAUAUUGAUAUUAAAUCAAAGGCCAUUUAUUGCUAUCAACUUCACUUGAGAUUAUAAUUUGAUAUGCAACUAUCAACGUAUUACUUAGAAGUGUAGUGUGACACACGCAUGCAUUUGUUUUCAGAGAUUAAAAAUAUCUUUAUAUUG